GCCUCGCGCCGGAACUCUUCCCAGGAUUCGUCAACUGCCGCUGUUCUUUGGGCACUGCUUUCGGUCGCGAGGUUCGGCUCAUGAGUUUAUCCCAAGGCGGAAGGAAGCCGGGUUUUCUGUGUUAAUUGUAUAACUGCCCAAACCGGUAGCUGCUUUGUCACGUGUCACUCCACGAAGCGCGUUCCCGCUUAGCUCAUGCGCAGAGAUCAGCCCACAUCUAUUUUUCUCCGUGGCAGCGGGGACGAGCGGAAGUUCUUGGGAGCGCCAGUUCCGUCUGUGUGUUCGAGUGGACAAAAUGGCGAAGAUUGCCAAGACUCACGAAGAUAUCGAAGCACAGAUUCGAGAAAUCCAAGGCAAGAAGGCAGCUCUUGAUGAAGCUCAAGGAGUGGGCCUUGAUUCUACAGGUUAUUAUGACCAGGAAAUAUAUGGUGGAAGUGACAGCAGAUUUGCUGGAUAUGUGACAUCAAUUGCUGCAACUGAACUUGAAGACGAUGAUGAUGACUACUCUUCAUCUACAAGUUUGCUCGGUCAGAAGAAGCCAGGAUAUCAUGCCCCUGUGGCAUUGCUUAAUGAUAUACCACAGUCAACGGAACAGUAUGAUCCAUUUGCGGAGCACCGACCUCCGAAGAUUGCAGACCGAGAAGAUGAAUACAAAAAGCACAGGCGAACCAUGAUAAUUUCCCCAGAACGUCUUGAUCCUUUUGCAGAUGGAGGGAAAACCCCUGAUCCUAAAAUGAAUGCUAGGACUUACAUGGAUGUAAUGCGGGAACAGCAUUUGACUAAAGAAGAGAGAGAAAUUAGGCAACAACUAGCAGAAAAAGCUAAAGCUGGAGAACUAAAAGUUGUAAAUGGAGCAGCAGCGUCCCAGCCUCCCUCAAAACGAAAACGGCGCUGGGAUCAAACAGCUGAUCAGACUCCUGGUGCCACUCCCAAGAGCUGUCAAUUGGGAUCAGCAGAGACCCCUGGACAUACACCUUCUUUAAGAUGGGAUGAGACACCAGGUCGUGCAAAGGGAAGUGAGACUCCUGGAGCAACCCCAGGCUCAAAAAUAUGGGAUCCUACACCUAGUCACACACCAGCAGGAGCUGCUACUCCUGGACGGGGUGACACACCAGGUCAUGCAACACCAGGCCAUGGAGGUGCAACUUCCAGUGCUCGUAAAAACAGAUGGGAUGAGACCCCCAAAACAGAAAGAGAUACUCCUGGGCAUGGAAGUGGAUGGGCUGAGACGCCUCGAACAGAUCGAGGUGGAGAUUCAAUUGGUGAAACACCCACUCCUGGAGCCAGUAAAAGAAAGUCACGUUGGGAUGAAACACCAGCUAGUCAGAUGGGAGGAAGCACUCCUGUUCUGACCCCUGGAAAGACACCAAUUGGCACACCAGCCAUGAACAUGGCUACCCCUACUCCAGGUCACAUAAUGAGUAUGACUCCUGAACAGCUUCAGGCUUGGCGGUGGGAGAGAGAAAUUGAUGAGAGAAAUCGCCCACUUUCUGAUGAAGAGUUAGAUGCUAUGUUCCCAGAAGGAUAUAAGGUACUCCCUCCUCCAGCUGGUUAUGUUCCUAUUCGAACUCCAGCUCGAAAGCUGACAGCAACUCCAACACCUUUGGGUGGUAUGACUGGUUUCCACAUGCAAACUGAAGACAGAACUAUGAAAAGUGUUAAUGACCAACCAUCUGGCAAUCUUCCAUUUUUAAAACCUGAUGAUAUUCAGUACUUCGAUAAACUCUUGGUUGAUGUUGAUGAAUCAACACUUAGUCCAGAAGAGCAGAAAGAGAGAAAAAUUAUGAAGUUGCUUUUAAAAAUUAAGAAUGGAACACCUCCAAUGAGAAAGGCUGCACUGCGUCAGAUUACUGACAAAGCUCGUGAAUUUGGAGCUGGUCCUUUGUUUAAUCAGAUUCUUCCUCUGCUGAUGUCUCCUACACUUGAGGAUCAAGAACGUCAUUUACUUGUCAAAGUUAUUGAUAGAAUAUUAUACAAACUUGAUGAUUUAGUUCGACCAUAUGUGCACAAGAUCCUUGUGGUCAUUGAACCAUUGAUUGAUGAAGAUUACUAUGCUAGAGUGGAAGGCCGAGAGAUUAUUUCUAAUUUGGCAAAGGCUGCUGGUCUGGCUACUAUGAUCUCUACCAUGAGACCUGAUAUAGAUAACAUGGAUGAAUAUGUUCGUAACACAACAGCCAGAGCUUUUGCUGUUGUAGCUUCUGCCCUGGGCAUUCCUUCAUUAUUGCCUUUCUUAAAAGCUGUUUGCAAAAGCAAGAAAUCCUGGCAAGCAAGACACACUGGUAUUAAGAUUGUACAGCAGAUAGCUAUUCUCAUGGGCUGUGCCAUCUUGCCACAGAGAAGUUUGGUUGAAAUCAUUGAACACGGUCUUGUGGAUGAGCAGCAGAAAGUUCGGACCAUUAGUGCUUUGGCCAUUGCUGCCUUGGCUGAAGCAGCAACUCCUUAUGGCAUUGAAUCUUUUGAUUCUGUGUUAAAGCCUCUAUGGAAAGGUAUCCGCCAACACAGAGGAAAGGGUCUGGCUGCCUUUUUAAAGGCUAUUGGGUAUCUUAUUCCUCUCAUGGAUGCAGAAUAUGCCAACUACUAUACUAGAGAAGUGAUGUUAAUCCUUAUUAGAGAAUUCCAAUCUCCUGAUGAAGAAAUGAAGAAAAUUGUGCUGAAGGUGGUAAAGCAGUGUUGUGGAACAGAUGGUGUGGAAGCAAACUACAUUAAAACAGAUCCUCCUUUUUUUAAACACUUCUGGCAACACAGGAUGGCUUUAGAUAGAAGAAAUUACCGACAGUUAGUUGAUACUACUGUGGAAUUGGCAAACAAAGUAGGUGCAGCAGAAAUUAUAUCCAGAAUUGUGGAUGAUCUGAAGGAUGAAGCUGAACAGUACAGAAAAAUGGUGAUGGAAACAAUUGAGAAAAUUAUGGGCAACUUGGGAGCAGCAGAUAUUGAUCAUAAACUUGAAGAACAACUGAUUGAUGGUAUUCUUUAUGCUUUCCAAGAACAGACUACAGAGGACUCAGUAAUGUUGAAUGGGUUUGCAGUGGUCAAUGCUCUUGGCAAACGAGUUACUUACUUGCCUCAGAUCUGUGCGGUUUUGUGGCGUUUAAAUAACAACAGCAAAGUUAGGCAACAGGCAGCUGACUUGAUCUCUCGUACGGCUGUUGUCAUGAAGACUUGUCAGGAGAGGAAAGUUGAUGGGUCACUUGGGUGUUGUUUGUAUGAGUAUUUGGGUGAAGAGUAUCCUGAAGUAUUGGGAAGCAUUGGAGCACUGAAGGCCAUUGUAAAUGUAAUAGGUAUGCAUAAGAUGACCCCACCAAUUAAGGAUCUGCUGCCUAGACUCACUCCCAUCCUAAAGAACAGGCAUGAAAAAGUACAGGAGAAUUGUAUUGAUCUUGUUGGACGUAUUGCUGACAGGGGAGCUGAAUAUGUGUCAGCAAGGGAAUGGAUGAGGAUUUGCUUUGAGCUUUUAGAGCUCUUGAAAGCUCACAAAAAAGCUAUUCGUAGAGCUACAGUCAACACAUUUGGUUAUAUUGCAAAGGCCAUUGGCCCUCAUGACGUAUUGGCUACACUUUUAAACAACCUCAAAGUUCAGGAAAGGCAGAACAGAGUUUGUACCACUGUGGCAAUAGCUAUUGUCGCUGAAACGUGUUCACCCUUCACAGUACUACCUGCCUUAAUGAAUGAAUACAGAGUUCCUGAACUGAAUGUUCAAAAUGGAGUGUUAAAAUCACUUUCCUUCUUGUUUGAAUAUAUUGGUGAAAUGGGAAAGGACUAUAUUUAUGCUGUAACACCAUUACUUGAGGAUGCUUUAAUGGACAGGGACCUUGUACACAGACAGACAGCUAGUGCUGUGGUACAGCACAUGUCACUUGGGGUUUAUGGAUUUGGUUGUGAAGAUUCACUGAAUCACUUGUUGAACUAUGUAUGGCCCAAUGUGUUUGAGACAUCGCCCCAUGUGAUUCAGGCAGUUAUGGGAGCCCUGGAGGGCUUGAGAGUUGCUAUCGGACCAUGUAGAAUGCUACAGUAUUGUUUACAGGGUUUGUUUCACCCAGCCCGGAAGGUCAGAGAUGUGUAUUGGAAAAUUUACAACUCCAUCUACAUUGGUUCACAGGAUGCUCUCAUAGCACAUUACCCAAGAAUCUACAAUGAUGAUAAGAACACCUAUAUUCGUUAUGAACUUGACUAUAUCUUAUAAUUUUGUUUAUUUUGUGUUUAAUGCACAGCUAUUUCACACUUUAAACUUGCUUCAAUUUGGUGAUGUAAACUUUUAAACAUUGCAGAUCAGCGUAGAACUGGUCAUAGAGGAAGAGCUAGAAAUCCAGUAGCAUGAUUUUUAAAUAACCUGUCUUUGUUUUUGAUGUUAAACAGUAAAUGCCAGUAGUGACCAAGAACACAGUGAUUAUACACACUAUACUGGAGGAAUUUCAUUUUUAAUUCAUCUUUAUGAAGAUUUAGAAUUCAUUCCUUGUGUUUAAAGGGAAUGUUUAAUUGAGAAAUAAACAUUUGUGUACAAAAUGCUAACUUGUGUGUGUUUUUUGAACAUGACUUGUAAAAUUCGGAACUUUGAUAAAGUACUGGUUUGUGUAGAGUAAGUGGCUUAAUUUGAUUUUCUGUCACCUGGUUUAUAGAAAGAAUAUAAACUAUAUAAAGUGAUGGUGUCUUUGUCAAAAUUUCAUUGUUCUCCUGAUAAUGAGAAGAGUAGCUUUGGGGGUGUUCAUCUCAAACUAGCACAACCGUUCCAUCACCGUGGGAAAUAUAUCACCUUUGCUGGACUGUCUUGAAUAUUUUUUGCAUUUACAUAGCGCCUUUCAUCUCUGGAUUUCUCAAAAUGCUUUAUGAGCGUGUUUAAGGGAAGUGGUUCAAGUCAUGUCCAACUCUUGAUGAGUCUGUGUUUAGAAAAUGGGGACGGUAUCUUUAUUUCAAAACUGCUUUACCUAUUGGGAAUGAGGCUACCUAAGUAAUGCUACUAGAGUAAGACAGUCUUUGGGCUCUUUUCCAUGU